CUGCGAGGCUGCGCACUUCACCACGCAGGGAAAAGCAGCCCGAGCCAGGAGGAACACCCCCGCCGGAGCGAUGGCAACACAACUCUUUGACAAAGAGACGACAAUUGAACUGAGGAAGAAGCACAUCGGGCCAUCAUGCGCGGUGUUCUUCGCCAAGGACCCCAUAAAGAUAAUCCGUGGGCAAGGCCAGUUCCUGUAUGACGAGAAAGGAGAGCGAUACCUGGACUGCAUCAACAAUGUUGCACAUGUGGGCCACUGCCACCCACAUGUGGUGCAGGCCGCCAUCAAACAAAUGGAGCUGCUGAACACCAAUUCCAGGUUUCUGCAUGACAACCUAGUCCAGUAUGCCCAGCGGCUGACUGCCACCUUGCCAGAGAAGCUCAGCGUGUGCUACUUUGUCAACUCCGGCUCUGAAGCCAAUGACCUGGCAUUGAGACUGGCACGGCAUCACACGGGGCAUCAGGACAUCAUUACCUUGGACAACGCCUACCAUGGCCACGUGACGUCUCUUAUAGAUGUCAGCCCUUAUAAGUUCCAUGAACUUGGAGUGGGCGCAAAGAAGGACUUCAUACACGUGGCUUCUGCUCCAGAUGUGUACAGAGGAAAGUUCCGUGAGGACCACCCGGACCCUGCUAGUGCAUAUGCAGAUGAAGUGAAGGAGAUCAUCGAGCAAGCACAAAGAAAAGGCCGCCAGAUUGCUGCCUUCAUCGCCGAAUCUCUUCAGAGUUGUGGGGGUCAAGUCCUUCCGCCGCCAGGCUACUUCCAGAAAGUGGCACAGCACGUGCGAGGUGCAGGCGGUGUCUUCAUAGCCGAUGAAGUCCAGGUGGGCUUUGGCCGUGUUGGGAAGCACUUCUGGGCUUUUCAACUGCAAGGAGAGGACUUCGUGCCAGACAUCGUCACCAUGGGGAAGCCUAUCGGCAACGGACAUCCGAUGUCUUGUGUGGUCACGACUAAGGACAUCGCUGACAGCUUCUUGAACUCCGGGAUGGAAUACUUUAACACGUUUGGAGGUAACCCUGUGUCCUGUGCCAUCGGAUUAGCUGUGCUGGAUGUCAUUGAAAAUCAAGCUCUCCAGAGACACGCCGCUCAAGUGGGCGAUUACUUAAUAGCCCUGUUGAAUGAGCUGAAAGAAAAGCAUCCUUUGAUUGGAGACAUAAGAGGCACCGGGCUGUUUGUCGGGGUGGACAUGGUGAAGGAUCGUCUGAAAAGAACGCCGGCCACAGCUGAAGCUCAGUUUAUGAUCUACAGGCUUAAAGAAGAGCACAUCAUCCUCAGCGCCGAUGGUCCUCACCGGAAUGUUUUAAAAUUUAAACCUCCAAUGUGCUUCUCUCGAGAAGACGCCAAGUUCGUGGUGGACAAAAUCGACGCCAUCUUAAGUGAUCCAGACAGAGGGAUUCACCAAGCGAUGCCUGAGAUUGGGGGCUGCAAACGCAAGGACACCAGCCUGCCAAAUGAAGAUGACGAGGAAAAUGUCAGAGGUGGUGGACGACGGUGCGUCGGCCCUGGAGAAGAAGCCACCCAUCGUCACAAAGCAGCCAAGAAAAGAUUAAGAACUUAACUCCUCCUAUGUUAUUAUAUGGUAUUGUAAUUAUAACGUGUUCGUGAUCUGAAAUAAAUAUGAAUGUAAACUA